AUGAUUACGUACAAGAAGCACGUACAGCGGAAGCACAGGGAUGCCGUACCACCAUUGAGAAGUAGUGAACAGUCAAGGACAGAAGACGGUACAUCCGCAGAUGCAGCGGAGCCUACCUCUGCCCAGCCAGAUGCUGAAUCAAGGUCAACGAGCACAAACCGCAAUGAAACGUGCAGCCCUACGGAGUACAUGAGCAACAUGUUCAAUAAACUGAAGAGACACCUUGUUCUGUUCAGCUUGAAAGUGACUGAAAAACAUAUGCUUCCAACAUCUGUGUGUGAAGGUAUAUUCAAGCACAUGAAAAUUCUCCUGGAACUACUUUUAGAAGCGUUUAGAACAUAUCUUGAAAUGCUCAUGUCAAGUGACAGGGUAGUGGAUCCGGGUCAUGAUGUGUUAUCAGCGUUGUCGAAUGACGCGAUUGACAUGAUAUGGAAUGUGAUUAGGUCUGAGCAUGUACGACUGAAGUACGUGAAAGACAACUUUCCUUUCGUCGAGCCAAAAGAAAUCAACUUGAAUGAGAACAUCACUGGUCGGUCAGGCAGGCAUGUGUUCUAUUAUGUCCCAAUUCAGGACUUACUGACAAACUUAAUGUCAACAGACUUGGGUGAACACAUUCUCUCAGCACUGCCCAAAUACAGUAAAGAACGCUCAGAUGACCACGUCUUCAGUGACGUCUGUGGUGGAGACUUUGUGCGAACCCGUACACUAAUUCAGGAAGGUGUUGCUCGAACUCUCCUCUUGUUGCUCUACACUGAUGAAUUAGAAGUGGUGAAUCCUAUUGGCGCAGCACGUGGUGCACACAAACUUCUUGUUGUGUAUGUAAGCCUGCUUGAUUUGCACCCAAGAUACAGGUCCAGACUAAGCUCAAUAUAUCUUGUUCUUAACGUCAAGUAUGCACUUCUGCAAGAGUACAGCCUCCACAGAAUAAUAGAGCCACUAAUUGCUGACCCUAAUUCCAUCCAGUCAAAUGGAUUUGAUGUUAUGCUGGAUGGCUCACCUGUUCACUUCAAAGCAACUGUCAUCGGAUUUUGCGGCGACAACCUGACUCUGAACAGGCUCGGAGGCUUCACUUGUUGCUUCACUGCAGGUCGCGUGUGCCGUCACUGCCUUGCGAGAAGCACUAACCUACCACUGCUAACAGAUGAAUCUCACUGUACAUUGAGGACUGCAGAGGCACACAACAGUCACAUAUCUGCUGUAGAACUGAGCCCAGAAAAUGUAAAGCUCUAUGAAGUGAAGGAACGGUCCUGCCUGCUUGCACUUAGUGGAUUUAAUGUCACAAGCCAGCUUCUCCCAGACAUAAUGCACGAUGUGCUAGAAGGAGGCAUAAAUGUUGUCCUCAAGGCUGUGCUAAAUUAUUUGCUGUCUUUGAAAGUGCUGCUGAAAGAGCACUUCAGUGUGAUAGACAACUUUCAGUACAAGCAUCAUGACAUGCACAACAAGCCUGUGGCCAUUUCACUCAUGAACACUGGAAAAGUACAGAGUAUAAAAGGAACAGCAAGCCAAAAGCUAUGCCUUUUUGGUCUUCUACCACAACUGCUUGGUGGUCACGUCCCUGAAGGAAACACGGACUGGGAUAUUUAUCUGCAGUACCGUGAAAUUGUGAACAUUCUUUUAUCCGACAGGAUACCCGUUGACUGCGUCAGCUAUCUUGAAGUGUAG